ACUCUUAUUUAAUUCCUUGCCCUGGUUCCUUGAAGAGCUUUUCGAGACUUCGAGACCAAGAUGAAGGUUCCAUCAUCGAUUUUCACGCAACAACCUAAACCGCUAAACCGGUCCUUAUGCAGACUGCAGUCCACCAGCUAGCCAUCCCAACCGUCGAUCUUGUUGAAGAUGGCUUGAGUUGUUUCUCUCAUCUUCACAAACAUCAUGUCAUCCCCAACACCCACAGAAGAUGCUCCUCAGAUCAUGGACGAAGCGCAUUACAUCCCGUUGAUGGUGAUUGGGACUCUCACGUCCACCCUCUCACUGCUGGGGUCACUCUGUAUCAUCUACAUGGUGUCCCGAGACACGAGGACCAAGAUUGUCCAUCGCAUCUUGUUUGGAAUGAGCGUGGCGGAUUGUCUGACAUCCGCCUGCUUCCUCUUGAUGCCCUACUUGAUUCCCUCGUACAUUGGGUUGCCUGGUGCUGUGGGGAGCCAUGCAUCCUGUUCGGCCAUUGGCUUUUUCUUUCUGGCAUCCAAUAAGAUGGGAUGUAUCUACAACGCCUUCUUGAGCAUGUACUAUUACUUGGUCGUCGUCCGCAAUUGGCGAGAACAUGAUUUCAGAAAUCGACCACAGCUCGAGAUUGUGUGUCACACCUGUGCCAUUGUCACGAUAGUGGCCAUUGAAACGACCGCGGUGGCCACACAAUCCAUCAAUCCGUCUCCCAUGCAAAACAAUCUUUGCAUUUAUGCCGUGUCGCCGUGGGGUUGUAAUAAUGACAAUGAUGAGUGCAGCCGAUCCAACCGGACCACUCUGACUAUCUUUUUGGCCAUUUCGGGAGUGCUCUACGUUUCCUUUUCCGUGGCUGGAUUUGCCUGUACCGUGCUCGUCUGGCUCCAUGUCCGGACGACAUUGAAACGAAGCGGUCAGUAUCGCUUUGAAAAUUCCAUUCGUCCUCCAGCAGAGGAAAGCUCGACGAUUCUGCAUCGAAUGAGCAGUGUGGCCAAUGACACGCUGCGGAGAAUCAGCAUGACAGCAUCCUCCACAGCCUCCUCGGAAGAUCCCAAUGAUGCCAAAAUCCGACAAGUGGCCAUGCAAGCGAUUCUGUAUUCCUUGGUGUGCUUUCAAACCAUUAUUUGGCCUCUGAUCGUCGUCACUAUUUCCAGUGCUCUGACAGACGCGGACAUGGAAGAGGUGAAAUUGACGCCAGGAUUUUACGUGUUAAAGGUCAUGUUUUGGAUCUGCUAUCCUCUACAGGGAUUCCUCAAUUUCUUUGUCUUUACGCGCCCCAAAGUCAAACGAUGGCGGGAAGUAGAACCGAACAAAUCGUGUCUUUGGAUAUUCCGACAGGUGGUUGCGUGCAAGACUCCUACUACGAACAGGUAUACUGGGUCCAGGAUCAGUACCAAGCAUUCACGACAAUUCAAAGUACCAGUGGAACAAUCGAAGCAGCAGCAACAACAACAACCACAACAAUCAUCAGAGCAAGAAGAAGAAGAAGAAGAAGAGAAACCUCAACAGCCACAAUCCGAGGAGGAUGCCUACGAGGAUGACGCGAAUUGAAACAAUAGUUCAACCAGCAAGUCCAGCAGUUAUAUUUGCAUCUUGGAUGCUGACAGCAGUUGGAUUCCUUGAAGACGACGAACCCAUGAGGGGGAAGGAUUCAUUCCUUGAACUACAACAACCAAAGAGCCGAUACGCACUCAAACAAUACGCAACACGUACGAAGCACUUGCUGGCUAGAAGUGUUGCGGGCACUGCGCCAUCAAUCUGCACGUGUCAAUUAUCACACACGGGGACAGUUCUUGGGCUGGGAUCGUGAUGAAGGUGUCUUAUUUAUUAGGAGCAAGAGCUCAAGCUUUUACGACGGGCUGCCACCAAGCCGUCAGAGCCAAGCCUCUCUGACGGCAUCUACCGUUCUCUUCCAAGGAUCCACAGGAGCUCCUGAAAGCAAGGAAGGAUUGCUGAAGCAUGCUUGUCCCGCCCCCUGUUGUUCGCUACGACGUGUUCUGCUCAUGAGAACAAGGUUGACAACUCAACUGUGGGCCCUUCUGAUCGUGCAUACGGUAGAUAACAUUCUAGUCUACGGAAUGCCACAGAAAUAACUUUCAUGCUCGCUUGCCUCUCCCCCA